UUGCUGGGGGGGGGGUAAUGAUUCUGAAAAGAGGAGGAAGGAAAAAUACACAAAUAUGUAGCGACUCUUGCAGAGACCACCAGCAAUUAUUUUACCCCGACCGGGUUGGGGAACAUUUGGAUGCGGGCUCAAUGAGAUGGGACUGGCACAGCCGGUAACUCGGGCGGCCUGGCACCGGGACAGUGGUUUCAGCGCCGGUUCCAUAUACCCUUCUCCUUCUUCCUACUUUGGACUUUGUUAGUCCCAGAACAAGCGUUUAAAAGCGGCCGAGGGUGUGCGAAGGGUCGGAGGCCGAGCGGCGGGCUGGGUUUGGCGGCGCGCCGCCAUGAGGGCGCCGAAGCUGGGGCAAGUUUGGGGUCUCCCUUUCUCUCUCCCCCACUUGUGGCCUGAGCGCACUUGCUUCUUCCGCAUUUUCCUAGGGGUUAGACUCUGACGUUACGUAUUACGACGGCGGCGGCGGCAGCGAGGAGCCGAGCAGAGUCGGAGCUCCUCCUCCUCCUCCCCGCAGCCAUCAAACAACAAAGCCUGAUUGGCAGCGCUAGGCCCAGCCCGGCCCGACCCGCCAGCGCUCGGCCCAGCCAGGAAAGGCUCAGCCUGAACCCAAGCCCGGGAAGGAGUCGACACGCACCCCCGCUAUCGACCUCCGCCCGCCCGACGCAAUCACCAGGUGGCUCCAUCAUUUAGGUGCUUCCAACUGAUUGCAACCAAAGGGUGAUCGACAUCCAUACAUGCUGAAAAUAACUAUUUUAAAAGCUUAUUGAAAGUUUGAAGGAAGGUCGAGCUAAGAUUAAGCAGUGACCAAUGAAAUUUGCAGACCAUGGAUGAAGAUGUAGGAGGGCUCGACCUGCAGCAACAAGAGCCCAAGGUGAUUUUUGAUAACACAGUUCACGAAGUGACUUCUGAAGAUAUCGAUGGGCACCAUAUUUUUGUGGAAGUUCAAGACACUAUCUUUGUAGAUUCCAGUAUUGCCCCUGGAUCCCACUUUGUCUCUGAUGAUACAGACUCUGUCGUAAUACAGGAUGCCAUUGAAGAUGUUGUGACUGAAGAUGUCCACUGUCCUGAUAUUAUUGAGGAGUCAGAAACUAUAAUUAUUCCUGAGCAAGUACUGGACACAGAUGUUGCCACAGAGGAAAAUUUGACCACAAUUCCUGAAGACGUUUUGACGUCUGAUAUUACCUCGGAGGCGAUGUGUGUAGCUGAACAUGUAUUGACAAGUGAGUCGAUACAUGUGUCUGAUAUGGCGACAGAUGAACACGUUGCAGUCACAGAAGCUGAAAUGGUCGCAGACACCUUGUUACCAGAUGUAGAAGAGGUUCUGGUGGCGGACUCUGCUGUGGAGACUGUGAUCGAUACACACAGUUUACAUGUUCAGAGGCAGGAGACGGUUCCUGUAACCAUCGAGGCGCCUGUAGGAAAUAAAGGCACUAGAGAAGAUUAUUUAAUGAUUUCCUUGGAUGACGAUGGAGGAAAGGUUGGUCAUGGAGGAAAUGGUGAGCUGAAAAUUGAAAGUGGACUAUCAGCACAGAGUGAACAUUUAAAAGAAGAUGACACCUGCGGUGAUGUUAUUAAAGUUUACAUUUUCAAGGCAGAUGAUGGCGAUGAUGAUUUGGGUGGAACCGUGGACAUCGGUGAAAGUGAAGCUGACAAUGAUCAUGGAGUCGGAAUACUGGAACAGGGCAACAUGGGCAGAAUAUCACGAGAGAAAAUGGUUUACAUGACUGUUAAUGAUCCUAAUCAGGAGGAUGAGGAUAUGAUGAACACAACACAACAUGAGGAGAACUGCUAUCUUCAAGCAAAUUGUGCUGACAUUGCAGAUGAAGUUUACAUGGAAGUCAUAGUUGGGGAAGAUGAAGCAACGGUGGGCCAUGAACAGCAAGUUGAAGAUACUGAUAUGAGCAAAACAUUUGUUCCUGUUGCUUGGGCUACUGCAUAUGGUAACAGUUCGGAUACUGUGGACAAGAAUGAAACUGUCAGCCACCUCCUACAGGCAGAUGGAACAACUGAGCUUUCUAGGCUGGUAAAACCAAAGUCAAGGAAAAGGAAGAGACUUGAAAGUAGACAGUAUCAGACAGUGAUGGACAGGAAUUUGCUGCGUGCUGACCACCAACUGAAGCUUCUGUCUCCAGCAAUCAUCAUAGGACCUGAUGGCCAUCCUAUAACUGUUUAUCCAUGCAUGAUCUGUGGGAAAAAGUUUAAGUCCAGGGGCUUUCUGAAAAGGCACAUGAAAAAUCAUCCAGAGCAGCUGACCAAGAAAAAAUACCAAUGUACAGACUGCGAUUACACUACCAACAAGAAAACUAGUUUACACAACCAUCUGGAAACCCACAUGCUCAUGAAUAAAGUAGAGAAGACCUAUGAAUGUGAUGAGUGUGGCAAGAGGUUUACUCACCCAGCAGCUCUGGUUUCCCAUAAAUUGGUUCACCAGGAAAAGGGAGCCACAAAGAUGCACAAGUGCAAAUUUUGUGAUUAUGAGACUGCAGAGCAAGGGCUCCUGAACCGCCACCUCUUGGCUGUGCAUAGUAAGAAUUUCCCUCACAUAUGUGUGGAGUGUGGAAAGGGUUUUCGCCAUCCGUCAGAACUGAGGAAACACAUGCGAACCCACACUGGGGAGAAACCCUACCAGUGCCAGUACUGUGACUAUAAGUCAGCAGAUGCCUCCAACCUCAAAACCCACAUGAAGACAAAGCACAGCAAAGAUCUGCCAUUCAAGUGUGAGAACUGUUUGAUGACAUUCACGGAUGCCAAAGAACUGCAGAAGCAUGCGGCCAUUCAUCAGGGACACAAAACCCACCCGUGUACACAUUGCGAUCACAGAAGUUCCAACUCCAGUGAUCUGAAGCGCCAUAUUAUUUCAGUCCACACUAAGGACUAUCCUCACAAGUGCGAGGUAUGUGACAAGGGUUUUCAUCGACCCUCGGAGCUCAAGAAACACAUGUCAACUCACAAGGGUAAAAAACUGCACCAGUGUCGGCACUGUGACUUUAAAAUUGCAGAUCCAUUUGUUCUUAGCCGACAUAUUCUUUCAGUCCACACCAAGGAUCUGCCGUUCAGAUGUAAACGUUGCAAAAAAGGCUUUCGUCAACAGGUUGAGCUCAAGAAGCAUAUGAAGACCCACAGUGGCAAAAAAGUUUAUCAGUGUGAGUACUGCGAGUAUAGCACUACCGAUGCAUCAGGCUUUAAGCGACACGUUAUUUCCAUUCACACAAAGGACUAUCCCCAUCGUUGCGAUUACUGCAAAAAGGGCUUCCGAAGGCCUUCAGAAAAGAACCAACAUAUUUCUCGACAUCACAAAGACGCUGUUUUGGUGGAAGGGUUGGCAUGAACUACUUUCAAUUUAAGUGCUUCUUUUACAUUCGUUGUACAAAAAAGGAAUAUUUGUGUCCUUUCAUUGUUAAUGACUUGGAAACUUAAAUUCAUGCUGAUUACUGAACUAACUAUUCUCUCCAUUGUAGUGUGUCAUGGAUUGGAGCUUCAGCUUAAUAUGUAAAGUUGUAUGUCCUCUGUCUUGGAAAUCCAUUAAAUGGACAUUUUUUUUGGCAACAUGGUGUCAACUCUUUUAGGAGAUGAAAGUAAUAGGCUAGUUGUAAUCAGUCAGCUGCAGUUCACGGUCCCCGCCAUUAUAAUUACCGGACCCAAGAUUAGCUAUUAUAUUCAAGAACAAUUUCGCUUCAUAUGAUUAUCGAUGGAAAACAUGGCAAUUUAUCAGUUUGUCUUAUUGCUCAGUUUUGUUGGAGUGCUACAGUUUAUGUGCUUGCUCGCUAACUGGCUGAACACAUUUUCAGCAUAUUCUUCUGUAUAUUGAAACUUCCUUUCGUUUGAGCUGUAGUUAUAUUUUCCAAUAUGCUUCUGAAGCUGCAAUGUAAUAAGGUAAUAGUGUGUUUUCCAUCUUUAUUUGAAUCUCAAUUUUUAUUACAAUUCCAUGUUUUAAAAAGGAAAAACCUUCAGUGAUAUGAUGUUGAGCCUCAAGGCCUCCGCCUUACUGCAUUUACUUGUAUUUCCAAGUGUGCAUCAUUCCUCUGUAUUGUAUGGUCUAGCAAUGCAUCGUGGUGGCAGAAUUAUCUCAGCUAAUUUACUUUUCCAGAAAUUGUGUAAAAAGAAUGACAUUAUUCAUGUUUUUACAAGUGUACACAUUUUUUCCCAAAAUUAUAUUUUGCCAAUGUCUGUAUCUUGUAUAAAUAAAACAAAUAGCACUAUAUGUUUUCUAAAAAAAAGGUCCAGUGCUUUCUGUAGUACACUGCAGUUUAGUUUUCAGUUAACACCAAUAUGUGUCUGUCCUGCAUAAGCUACAAAAAUAAUAGCUGAAAAUAACUCGGAUGGUUAACUGUAUCCUGCUCUACACAAUGUACUGCAAUCUGAUCAGACUGGACUGGAAGUCAGGGUGAAGGUCAGUAACAGAAAUUAGUAUUCACUGUAUGAUUAAAUCUUUAUAACAUAAAUGCAAAAGAAGUGGUGGAACAUUUAAAAUUACAAGAAGCAACGUGAAAAUUAUGCAGUGUGGAGUAACACUCAGAAGCAGUCUUCACAUAGUUACGUUACAUAGUGACCUGCAAAACGGGAUUAAAUUGGAAGCAAAAGGCAAUCAGAAAAUUGCAGCAUUAUCCUAAUAUUUCAGGUCUGUAUAUUUUAGAGAGUGAACUUGAAAAUGGAGUACAACAUACGAUUUCUACUGAAUCCUCAAAAUGUUGAAAAAUAAUUAGGCGAGUAUUAUAUACAUUAGUAUCAUUCGUAUUAUUUACAUUAGUAUUAGUACAUUAGUAUUAUGUACAGUGCCUAAAAGGGAAUCUAUGUUGAAACAAAUUUCAAAUGAAAGAUCCAGGAAUCAUAACUUACCUAUUAAAUCCUCCACGUGUACUCGAGACAUUGGACAUUAUUCGAUGAUUACUAUAUUAUUUAUAACAAAAAAAUGGGGUACUACAUAAUUGUACAGCACAGUCUUUAACCAUUGUUUAAAUUAUUCAAAAAACAGUAAUCUAAUUUAAAGUUACGUAUUCAAUCCUGAAGUUAAUACGUUUUUAACUGUUGUAUAGUUUUUAACAAAUACAUUUGUUGAAAUAAUUCAAGAAUACUUUUGUAUGGAAGAGUACUUUUUUCUGAAUAUUAUCUUAGUGAUUUAAUUCAUAACCCAAUUCUUUACUAAAAUAUACAUUUUAGCAAAUGUCAGAUUUAUUUAUCUUCACACCAUGAUUUUUAAAUUGACAUGAACCUGAUAUUGAGACAGUACCCAGUCUCUUUCUGGUGUUUUGUAAUUUUAAUUCCUAAACACCAUUAAUCAAUUGUAUGUGGAUGAAAUUUCCUUGUGUCUUUAAAAACAUAUUUGGCAUUAAAUUUGCACUCUCACACUGGGAGCAUAAGAAACUUGCUAAAGUGUGCACUGACAACAAAUGCUGUACUUUUGGUUGAACUUGUGUACUGAUUGUACUUUUCAGCCCGAGGCUGUGUUGUACGUCAUCAUCACGCUGGACUGAUGUUCAUCAGACUUACUGAGGAAAAAUUUACUUGCGGAAAAUAAUGGGGGGGGGGGGAAUGGAGAUGGGACAGUAGAGAAAAUACUUAUGUUUAGUUUAAAAAAUUUAAAAAUGCUGUAAUAAUGUUAAUUGCUUCUUGUACAGACUUUAAGAGGGAAUACAAGCUGUUGAGCAAUUGAAUUGUUUAAAGGGUUUAAUUCAUUUGGAAAGGCAGCUAAGGGAUAUUUUUGAACGGGUGCAGUUUUUUUACUAGGAUAAAAUAGAAACCGAUUGAAAAGCCAGUUGAUCCGAAAAGGAGGUUUUCUGUCCCUGUAACUGUAAACAAUAAUUUUCUGUCAUUAUUAUGUUAAACAAUGUACUUCAUAUAUCUGUAAACAAAAUAAAAUUCGGAUUAUUUUCCUUUGCAUUA